AUGACAGAUGCGCUGGAUGAAUAUUCUGGGGGUGUUAGCUGCGCGGGGAGAAAGAUAGUUGACCUACGUUUUGCAGAUGACAUUGACUUAGUAGAAAAGAGUGCAAGUGGCAUUCAGGAGAUCACCAAAAGACUAGAGAAAACUGCAAAGAAAUACGGAAUGGAUAUUAGCACAGAGAAAAGUAAAGUGAUGGUUGUUGGAAAACCAGAGAACACCUAUGGCCAAGUAGCAGAUGUGAUGGUGGAUGGAAUCAAGCUUGAGCAGGUCAAGAGUUUCACCUACUUAGGCUCAACACUCACGGAUAAUGGGAGAUCAGAAAAAGAAAUUCGAAUAAGAAUUGGAAAAGCUACUAGCUCACUGGCAUCGCUGGACAACAUCUGGAGGGCUAGAAAUGUAAGCAUGAAAAACAAGAUACUGUUAAUGAGAUCAAUCAUAAUGAGUACUCUUUUGUACGCCUGCGAAAGUUGGACAGUUAGCAAGCAAGACGAGAAGAGGUUGCGGGCAUUUGAAAUGAAGAAAUACAGAAGAUUGUUAAGGAUCACCUGGAAAGACAAGAGAACGAAUGAAUGGGUCAAGGAUAGGAUAUGUGAGCUUUGUGGAUAUGAGCCAAAAAAUCCUCGCACCUACAAGAAAGACACUUUGAGGCUUGCAGGCUUGCGAAAAACAGAUGUGAAUAGAAUAGCAAAUACAUCUGAUGGCUGUUACACCUGUUAG